UUAGAGGUUGAGCUGUUUGGACCUGCUUAAAAGCACACAUGCUUUAUUUUUCUUAGUGUUUCACUCCUAGUCUUAUGUUAAUAGAAACUAAUCAGCCGGGUGACUUUAGGACCCAGUAAGAGACAACCAGGGGGCGCGUCAGUCUGCUUAAUCUGACCACAGAACGUGUAAGCUGACUUUUGCUUCCUCUGUGACAGUUCAUAUGUUCCGUCACAGCAGUUCCUUGAUUAACAAGUCGCAAUAGAGAAGUGCACUGAGGUGCCACUGCAGGAUACAGCAGACAGCCUCAUGAUCUGUGGACAGGGACCUUUGUGAUCUGACAUGCCUGAGAGGGAAUCCUUAUCCCUCACAGUGUACAGCCAAUCAUGGAGCAGCAGGCCCUGAUUCUGAGGAGCAUCCUGGCCCAGCUGGAGAGUCAGGAGAAUGCUGAAGAGGGGGCACCAAAUGGCAUCGCUGGGGAGUUUGCGAGGCUGAAAAACCAGUCAAUCAAGUACCGCACCGACAAGACCUACAGCACCAAGACAGCAGAGAAACAAGAAAACAUCAAGAAGAACCGAUACAAGGACAUCGUUCCCUUUGACCAUACCAGAGUAAAGCUUACUCUCACCACAUCCAAAAAAGACAGCGACUACAUCAAUGCCAGUUUUAUCAAGGGAGUUUCAGGGUCCAGGGCCUAUAUUGCCACUCAGGGCCCCCUUCCACACACAGUGGUGGACUUUUUAAGGAUGAUUUGGGAAUAUAACGUAAAGGUUAUUGUAAUGUCCUGUCGAGAAUUUGAAAUGGGAAAGAAAAAGUGUGAAGUGUACUGGCCACAGAAAGACGAAGAGGAUAUGUUUGUCUGCGAGCCUUUUACCGUUCACUGUGAUUCUGAGGAAGGUAAAGGAGACUAUUUGACAAGGACGUUAAGAUUGACUUAUCGAAAUUGUAGCCGCACUUUGAAACAGCUGCACUAUGUCAACUGGCCUGAUCAUGGCGUACCAGACACCAUCCCACCCAUUCUGGAUAUGCUCCAUGAGAUGCGCUGUUAUCAGCCACACGAUGACAUCCCCAUUUGCAUCCACUGCAGUGCUGGCUGUGGAAGAACAGGGGCCCUGUGCGUCAUCGAUUAUACAUGGAACCUCCUCAGGAAUCAGACGAUCAGCUCAGACUUUAACAUCUAUAACUUAGUUCAAGACAUGAGGACCCAGAGGCCCUCUGUGGUUCAAACAAAGGAACAAUAUCUGCUCGUCUACAGAACCAUCAGGGAACUGUUUAGGAGGUAUUUGCAGACGAUGGAAACACAAAACUACCAUGAAGAGGUGACGAUGGCCCAAUCAGCCGUCGCUGCGAUGACAGAAUACGAUCUCUCCGAUCAGAGUGAGGACCUUGAUUUGUCGCCACAACAUCAUGACCUGUUUGAAGAAGAGAGGGGUUAUUUACACGAUUACUUCUCGUCUAUGGCCGAGGCUUCAGAGGAUCAAACUGUCUUUAGAUAUGAGGACACGCAGUGGGGGCAGCAACAGUAUAACCCCUUCUAUGACACAGGGGAGGUUCUGAAUGCUACCCAGAGAUUGCAGGAGGAACCCAAUGGUUCUCCCAAACUGCUCCAUAACAACCAUGCUGCAUUCACAGUGAGUGAGAGCGUCCCAAACAGGGAAACCAUCGCUGUAGAAGACUCUACGACUAUAACGGUCGUGCCUGAGGCUGUGUGUCUGAUGGUGGAGGACCCUUACUUUGAUACUCCUAUGAGUUCCCCUUCAUCCGAGGAGGUUCUAUUGGACCCAGCAGAAAACUCCAACUGGACUUGCAGCCCUCUCUUCAACACACCCUCUUUGCUUUUGAACAAUCAGACCAUAGAACCCAGCUCUCUGGUUUCAGUUCCAACUGAUGAUGAGUCACCUCCGCCUUUACCUGAACGAACCCCUGAGUCCUUCGUCCUGGCUGAGGAAGCAGAGCUCUCGGAUCCAUGUGAAAGGUUGUCAAUUAUCUUUCCACCAAAUUCUGCUGCUGCUGAACCUACAAGGGAACUACAAGGAAGCCCCCCAUCACCGGCCCCACCGCUUCCAGAGAGAACCCCCGAAUCAUUUGAGUUAGCCGUUGAUCCCGUUGUUGUAGAGCCUCAGUUAAAGGUGCCCAUUACAAUGAACCCGGGUGUUAUAGGAUUAUCUUCAGAAUGGUCAGGAACUUUGAAGCCAGAAGAGGCCCUUCAUCAGGAUAAAACAUUUGUGAGGAGCAAGAGUCUAAGAGCAAAUAUGAAUUUCUCAGCUUCAAUUACUCAACUUGAUCCAACAAAUGUGCACAACUACUGUCCACCUGUGGCUCCUUUGACUCCUUCACAUCUUUCUAACACUGAGGAAAGUCUGGCGUCACCUUUAGCGAAAAGGGCUCCUGAAUCCUUCCCUUUCCCUGCAGAGGAGGCUCAUGAGAGAAAUAUGCUACGCCCCCAUUCCAUGGGUUCAACACAGCGCCUAUCGAGAGUAGGAAUGUCCUCAGAGUGGGAUGGAAGCUCCCAACCAAAGAAGUUCCUGGAUGUUGUCAUGAACCGCAGCAAGAGUGUUCGAGCUAAAAGUUCAAAAUCAGAGCCCCUCACUGCAUUUCCGCAGCUCACUCCUCUUCCUGUGGUCGCAGCUGAAGGAGGAAGUGAGCAAGUGCAACAACAGAAUAUGAACCACAAGUCCCCCCCAAACACCGACAGAUCAGGAAACAAAGCAGACAAAAGCAGCGAAAAGGGCAUGUUGAGAACAAAGAGCCUUAAACUUUUUAGGCAUAAACCGAGACCCCAAACAGCCCCUCCACCUCCUCCUACUCAGGCUGGAGCUGCACCUCCCUCACAUGGGGGACUAUCUGUGUUCAAAUUUGGAUUUGGGAACCGCUUCAGAAAGCCGAAAGGUCCCCGGAGUUAUCCAGAGACCUGGAUCUGAAGAGAGACAGGAUCACAAUGAUACUCUGCAGAACUCGUUGACUUUGGGACAGAAGCAGGUUUAUUACAAAGUUGUCAAGAAAACAUCCGUCACAGCAGAACAGCUAAGAAAUGCCUAAACAGG